UCCCUCUCUCCUUUCUCUCUCUCUCUCAACCUCCUCUUUCUCUUUCUCUCCCGCUGAUCCGGUGAGGAUCGUCUGUGACCGGAGGAGCCGCCGUUGAAGGAGGAUGUUUUGAUGUUUCUCCUGCCACCAUGGAGCCGAACACCUCCUCCUCCUCUACCUCCUCCUCCUCCUCCUCCCCGCUCUCCUCGUCUCCUCUCCCGGUAACUCUCGGCUCUCUGUCGGUGGACAGCGGAGCUCUCUUCCUCUUUAACGGCUCUCUGAACGGCUCGGUCCCCGGCUCCGCGGCUCCGUCCGCGGGCAGCGCGGCUCUCAUCUCGUCCAUCUACUCGGUGGUGUGUCUGGUCGGUCUGAGCGGGAACUCCAUGGUCAUCUACGUCAUCUUCCGGUACGCUAAGAUGAAGACGGCCACGAACCUGUACAUCCUGAACCUGGCGGUGGCGGACGAACUGCUCAUGCUCAGUGUCCCGUUCGUCGUCACGGCUGCGCUGCUGCGCCGCUGGCCGUUUGGCGCGCUUUUGUGCCGCCUCGUGCUCAGCGUGGACGCCAUCAACAUGUUCACGAGCAUCUACUGCCUGACGGUCCUGAGCGUGGACCGCUACAUCGCCGUGGUCCACCCGCUGAGGGCGUCCCGAUACCGGAGGCCGACCGUGGCUAAGCUGGUCAACGUGUGCGUGUGGAUGUUCUCGCUGCUGGUCAUCCUUCCCAUCAUCCUCUUCUCCUCCACGGCGCCGAACUCCGACGGCUCCGUGGCGUGUAACAUGCAGAUGCCGGAGCCCGAGCAGCGCUGGAUGGCGGCCUUCGCCGUCUAUGCCUUCCUGAUGGGCUUCCUGUUUCCGGUGCUCGCCAUCGUGCUGUGCUACGCGCUCAUCCUCAGCCAGCUCCGCGUGGUGGCGCUGCGGGCGGGCUGGCAGCAGCGGCGGAGCUCGGAGAGGAAGAUCACGGUGAUGGUGACGGUGGUGGUGUCGGUCUUCGUGGUGUGCUGGAUGCCGUUUCACGUGGUGCAGCUGGUGGGCGUGUUCCUGGAGCGCCACGACCCCACCCUCAGCCAGCUCGCCGUCGUCCUCGGCUACGCCAACAGCUGCGCCAACCCGCUGCUCUACGGCUUCCUGUCCGACAACUUUCGACGCUCCUUCCAGAGGAUCCUGUGCGUGCGCUGGAUGGAGGCCCCCGACGAGCCCCUGGACUACCUGGACUACUUCAGCACGGCCCUCAAGAGCCGGAGACUCAGCCUGGACCAGGACGAGGACCAGGACAGGCCCCGCCCUCACAACACCUGCUCCAGGCUGUAGUGGAACCCUGAUCUGGACCAGGACCUAAAGGACCACACGGAGCUCCGGGUGGUUCUGAUUCUACGGGUGCCCUGAGGGGCCAAACAGACCUGUCCAGAGGAUAUAGAUUUUUUUAUGGCUAAAACGGCGAAGACGUUUGUAGACAACGGUCCACUACUGAUGAUGUCACUCUAGUGUCACAGACCGCCUCUUCAGAGUCCGGGUUAAAGGUCGGCGCGUUUUCAGAUAUUCCUAAAAUCUGAGCGGUUAAACAUACGACCGAAAAAAUGAAUCUGUGUUUUUCUUUCUUUCUUUUUCAUUUUCCACAAAGAGAUGAACAAAUUCAAAGGUAUUUUUCCCGGUCUGUGUUUUUUGCAGAGUUUAGAUUUGAAUUUCAAAUGAGAAAUCCAAAAUCAAGAAAAACGCUGUUUCUUCAAAACGGUUAAAAAACAGGAAAUAAAAAUUUAAAAACCCUGCUGUGGUGCUUUCAGGGCAUCUGUGUUAAUCUGAAAACAAAAACAUUUUUUAUCUGAACUUUUUUGUGUUCAGAUCAAAAACAGAAAGAUCCCAGAACAGAACACUGGUGAUGUAACAUUCCUUUCCCUGUAUUUUUGACCUGCGCUGGUGAUGUGAAAAAAGAAUGUUACAUCACCAGUGUUCCUUCUUCAAUAGAACGAUUUUUGAUCUGAACGCAAAAACAACAACAUGAAAAAACAAGCAGUUCAUCGUUUGUUCAUUUCUUUUUGGAAAAUGAGAAAUAGGAGCGUAACUAAAUGUUCAUGUUUUCUUUUAUUUGAUUCCUGAUUUAAUAAAAACUGUAAGGGUCAAAGGAACUCACUUUCACUUUCAUCUUACUGUUUUAUGUGCAGAUCAAAGGGAAGAUCAAAGAACAGAACGCUGGUGAUGUAACAUUCUUUUAUGUCCUUUUGGUGUGACAUGAUGCAGGUGUUGUGAAUAAAAGAAUGAUACAGCCCCAGUAUUCUGUCCUUUGAUCUUGCAAACACAGAAGCGAUGAGAUGAGAAUCAGUCAGUGGUUUUAACAGCCAAAAGUUUUGUGUUUUUUUUUCACUUCAAAUGAGAAAUCCAAAAUCAAGGAAAAAUCUGUUUCCUCAUAACUGUUUAAAAAUAGGAAUAAUAA